GUUGAAACAAACCAUGGAUGCUUUCUUCUUCUCGCCAGCCAGCCUGCCCUAGUCCUAAGUUCCCUCUCUUCAAUCUGCUUCCCUCAAACCUCACGAUUCUACUUCUGGGUUUUGACCGCUCUUUCAUCCUCUGUCUCGUUUUCGUAUCAGUCGUCCCGCGGUAGCCUUAAACCCUACAGUACUGCAACAGUUCUCUGUCAGUACUUCCUAGCCAUAAAAUGCGACAUCCUGGACCUGGUAAUUCUUUCCGUCCUCGGCCUCAACAUCAGCCUCAGCCUCCUGCACAACUUCAAGCUAAUGCUAAUGCUAAUGCUAAUCCAACUGCUCCAGGGAAUUCACAGGGUCUCUUAGGUAACCCUUCCCAAGGAAAUUCACCGUUUAUGAUGCAGAGUUCAGUGCCGAUGCAACCUCCGGUUGGUGGAAUCAACCCUCCAACUUUUAACAAUUCCGGUACUCAUCAAAGCAAUGGGCAGUUCAUGCCGAAUAUGCAUCCUAUGAUGAUGCAGCAGCCUGGGUACUUCAAUGCUCCUCCUAUGAUGGCUCCACAGUUCAAUCCAGGGUUGCCGCCGCAGAAUUAUCCUAGCAAUAUGGGCGGUGCUCCAAUGUAUGCGAAUCAAAUGAACCCAUUUCAACAAGUGCAGUUGGUUCAACAGCUUGCCAGUUUGGUUCAACAUCUCAGUCAAAAUGUGGGUCUCAUGAACAUGCCGCCGCCUCAAAUGCAGAAUAUGAAUUCUAUGAUGCCUUUACAAGUUCCAAAUCUUCCUCAAGUUGGUCCUGGUAACAUCCCUCCGAAUUGUCACCCACCCCCAGUGCCCCAAAAUCCAAACAUGUUCCCAAAUCGAAUAUUUGGUGCCGUGCAGCAACCUAAUCCCAACCAGCAAAACUUUGUGAUGCAACCAAUGGGUGCAAAUAUGCCCAAUAGCUCAACUGCGACCACCGAGCAAGGGCCGGGACCGGGUAACCCCUCGGCGGCUGAGCAGGCUUUUCAGUCACAGUCUUCCUCCUUCCCUAGACAGCAGGGUAAUUUUGAUGGAAAUGCUCAGGGCAGCAAGACAAAUCCCCAGUGGAGAAACUCUCCUAGGAAAGACUUCAAGCAACAUUUCAACAAAGAGGGUUCACAGCCAAGAUAUAAUAAUUCCCAGAACCUUGCCAAUGAUAACAAGAAGAGGAAAUUUGAGUUGAAAGGGCAUGGUUAUGAGAGGGCUCCGAAAUUUGCUGGCACUAAUUCCCCAAGUCAAGUCGGAGCAAAGAAAAGGACUCUUGUUGUGAACUAUCCAGAACAUGAAGUCAAACAGUGGUGCGAGCUACGUAAGAAGAAUUACCCAACGAAAAGCAAUGUAGACAAGAAGCAGGCUCUAAAGCUGGCAAACUCUGAGGCCAUUGAGAAAGAGGCCGCACUGCGCCGAGAGCAACUGAAAGAAGUACUGGCAAAGCAAGCUGAGUUAGGAGUUGAAGUUGCAGAAGUUCCAUCACAUUACCUGUCGGACUCAAACAAGCAAGCUACUGGACAGGGAGAUGGUAGAUGGGAGAAAAAGAAAGGGAGGUUCCAAAACAAGCAUGAUAAGAGAAGGGAAAGACGUAACAAAAGAGGCCAAAAGAAUGGCAACCACGCAACAACAUCAACCCAUGAUGAUCAUUCGACAUCAUCAGGCGUUCCUGCUGCCAACAAGAAACAGCCUACACUUCUGGAGAAGCUUCUGAGUAGAGACAUAAAGAAGGACAACCAAAGAUUGCUCCAGGCCUUCCGGUUCAUGGCGAUGAACUCUUUCUUCAAGGAUUCGCCGGGGAAGCCUUUGAGUUUUCCCGAGGUAGCUGUUCAAGAAGAUGACAUAGGGACUACUGUUGUAGUCGAAGAAAAUGCUGCAUGUGAUGGGAAAUCUGAAGAAGCAAGCGACGAGCGAGGAGUUGAAAGUCUUACAGUGGAGAUCAAUGCUGGACAGGACCAUGGUCAUGAUCAUUACAACGGUAAGCAAGAGCAACAGCUGGAGAUGAAACCAAUGACAGGUUUGACUAGGGAGAGAAAGAAUCUUGCUGCAGAAAUUGUCAAAACCGAGGGUGAAGAAGGAGAGAUCAUCGACUGAUGAUGGAGUUCAGUCUAUCUCCAUCGUGAUCUAUGAUCCCCCGUGUAAAGCAUUCUGCAUGGAAACAGUGUGGAACUUGGAUGGUGUUUAUUACAUAUCCACCUCUUCCCUGGGUUUAUUUUUUGUUGUUGUUGGUGUGAAUUAGGCAGGAUGUGUUAUAGUUGCUUCUCCCAAGUAGAUACUGGAAUGACUAUAAUUACUUACACCAGAAUGAGAGUAAAUUCUAGCCAAUGACAUCCUAUUCGGAGCCGAAAUAUACUUUCUAUUUUUUCAUUCAAGCUGCAGUUCCAUUUAAAAGG